AUGGAGGAUCGACAGCAACUUCAAAUGUAGCAGUUUGAUGUCUAAGAAAUUCUUUUUCAAUUCCUUUUUUUUCAGAAAAAAACGUCCGAAACUUCUGAAUAAAAACUGGAAACAAACAAGCGUACUGGAAAUAAUCGAUCGACUGCUACUGGAACAAAAGGUUUCGAAGGUUUUAUUUUCGAAAAAUUUUAUGAUGAGGAAGAAAAAAAGCAUGACCUUAUUAACACUGAAUUAAAGCCAGAAAAAUCUUGAUUCGAUUUUAUAAGCAAAGUCGGAAAGGCUGGAAAAAGGAUCCACAGAAAUUUUCCUCUUAGGGUGACAAAGGCUCAUUUUUUGCUUCAUUUCAUCGGCUCUUUAUAGUCCGUUCAGAUUUUGAAUGUCAAGUCGCUUCUAAAGCUCCGCCCCUUUUGACCCGAUAAGCCAAUCAGAGAGCGAGCCAUCCACAGAGCGCCUUCGAAUGACGUCAUUGUACUUGACAUUCAAAAUAUGAACAAACUAUAAACCACUCAUAACGGACGCUCAGAGGGCCCGUAAAGGGUACUUCCGACUUUGCCUAUGAAGAUAUUUAAACAUUGAAAAAAAUGUAGUUGUUAUAUAGAAGGUCUCGCGCCAGAAUCAACAGUUUUUUUUAGUUUUAUUCCUCAGACAUUCUGGCGGCGAAAAAAAAAAAAUAAUUUACCUUUAGAAGCAGCUAUUUUUUGAUUCAAAUUUUGUAUUUAUAUCCUUUUUCGCAUUUAAAAGUCUUUUAGCUUUGAAAAUUCAGUUAACCGCGAUGUCACGAAAUCCGCCAAUAAAAGACGCAACGUCUUCAAAUUCUUGGCGGACGGAGCUUGAUCAAAUCCGAUGGCGGCUAAACAAUACCAGGUACCAACCCAAUGCUCUUAAAAGCAGCUGA